AUGACCUUUAGUAAUAGAAUUUCACUUGAAGAAAUCCUGCCUGAUGAGUUUUAUGGAGAUCUUAAGAUUACGAAACUUUUCUCAAUAUCUGUACCUAUAACUCAUGCAUCAGAAAUUCAAUCUAUACUCUCUGGUGAUGACUUUACUAAGAAGUAUCCGCAUCUUAAACGUCUACGUAAGAUAAGUUCAUAUGAGGACUCUGAAAUUAUAAAGGGAAGCAAUAGAAGCUAUAUAGAAGUACUAUUAGGUGAUAAACCUGACCUUCCUUAUAAACUACAUUGUUAUUUAGACGAAAAUAACAUUGUAAAGAGUGUGUCCACUGCAAUAGUCCCAAUAUCUCCACCCCUCACAAAGUUACAAUACUAUCAUUGGUGUAAAGUAUGGCCUAUACUAUUUCGACAACCAAGUAGGAAACCACACAUACUAACUAGUGACGAAAUUAACAGAGCUAUAAAGUACAUUGCCCUUGCAAGGCAUCUCGGUACAGAAUCUAAGAAAUUAGGUAGUUUAGAUAGAGGAUGUGUUAUUGUCUUAAACGAUAUAGUCAUAGGAUAUGGGCUUGAUAAACGUCAUGUAUCAUAUCCAUGGGACCAUCCAGCAAUUGAUGCAAUUAGAAAUACUUCAGAUAAAUUGAAAGCAAGUAGAGAUGUCAGAUCUAUGGGGAACAAAUCCCCUGGGAGCAACCUUAGCAAUGUGAAUUCGAUAUUAACAAACUCAUAUAGAGUAUUAUUGAAUCAACAAUAUCUAUGUACAAGUGCCAUUGCAUAUCUAUCACAUGAACCAUGUGUAUCUUGCUCUAUGGCACUGUUACAUUCCAGAAUUUCCCAGGUAUUUUAUGAGUAUACCAACAAUGAAAGUGGAGGGCUUGGUAGUCGAUGCAAGCUACAUUGUAUUACAUCGCUUAAUCACCACUUUACCGUAUUUAAAGUGAGUCUUCCUAGCUAA